UCUCACCUCACUCCAAACGUCGAAAGUACGCAACACAGCUUAUUGGAAAGAUUUCUCAAUUCUCACGUUUUAGUAUUAUUUUUAGUGCAACGAUUUAGUUUAGUUUAACAGAUGCAGAUGGUGAAGAAACACAAAUUAAUGUCGCGAAAUUACUCUUAAGUGUAAAUACAUUCCGUUAAACAUGUAAGUGUUGGGUGAACCUUUAGUAAAAGGUGGCACACAAGGUUGACUCGCCUUUUGCUGAAAGCGCUGUUGCGACUGAUAACAACUUGAUGCAUAUUUCGUGAACCCACAGUUAGAUUGUAGGAGAAUAUUUAAGUGGUCGCAAUAGUUUGAACCGCAUGGGCAACAUCUACGACCCGAAGACCAUGAGCGACGUAACUUCAACCGACAGCGCUGAAGAGGGCGAAAUACGUGACUCGGAAGAGGAGGGAAAUCGUCGCUCUAGGAACCGUUCUAAGCAUCGCAGGAUUUCGCCGCCUUCAAAAAAUCAUCGGUCAGUUCGGUCUCACAAGAUAAAAAGGCCGCAUUCGAGUCGAAGAGAGCAACCUCCUCGAAGCAGAAAACGCCGCCCGAGCGAUGAUAACGAAUAUAGGGAACAUAUCGACACUCAAAUUGCCAAAACUCGUCGUCGGUUGCAAGCAGCUGAGAAAAGUACGCCUCCGCCAGCCGUGUCUACUCCGCCAGCCGAGUCUGCUUCUGCAGAAAUUCCUCAGGAAGAUGAAAUCCAGGUGCUGGAGGUACCGCCAAAGACGUUUGAAGUGGUGCAAAUUGACGAUGAGGAGACAGGAAAGGACAAUUCAGCAGAGAUGGAAGAAACUGAAAAGGAGCUGACGCAGCUGCGACUUGAUGCUUUGAAAAGCAGUCUCGAGGCCAAGUGGGGCGGGAAGAACAAGAAAAAACAACGGAAAUCAAAUCCAGAUGAGCCUUACAGCCCGACUUGUCCUCUGACGCCGGUGGAUGAUUUGGACUCGACCACCUCACCGGCACCGAGCCCGCCAAGCCCUGCAGUCUGUGAUCCAGAAACAGACGAGGACGAGGAAGCUCUCCGACUUAGUCUGUUAAAGCAAAUCAAAAAGUCUUCUGAAGACAAGGAGAAUGAGACCGAGAGUACAAAUAAUGAAGUCCAGGUCCCAGAAACUGUAGCCAAUAACAGUGAUAAGCCAAAAAAUGCUGUGACCGAGCAAACUAGUUCCCACACUAAUGGAAGAUUUAUCAUAUCUAUAGGACCAGACUCAAGUGAUUCAGAAUCAGGGAGUGAAAAAGAUCAAAACAACGUUGCUGGGAACAUUGAUCAAAUGUUGAAGAAGAUCAGGGAAACUGCGGAGGAGAAGAAAAAAAAGGUAGCUUCCCCACCAAAGAAGACUGCAGGCGGCAGGAACCAAAAGUCGCCAGCUAAACAAGUUCCUCUUAAUCAUCCAUUGUCGGUGCUUUCAAAAAGCAAGCAAGCUGAGUACCUGCGUCUGAAGGCAUUGCUCAAAAGGAAAGAAGAAUUGCGACAGAAAAGACUGCAACACGCGACCCAAGAGAAGCUGGACAAAGCCAAAGCCAAUAGUGAACUGCAGCUACCCUCGUUAAACGCGCUGGCGCAGUCUCUUCCGCUCCUCACCGAAGAGGAGAGAAUCAAGCAACUGCGAGCCUUGGAAGCUGACCAGGAAAAAUUCAUAGAGAAGAGCAAAGAGCAGGAAGAGCGACUUGCAUCCCUGCGCAGAGACUUGGACAAAAACCUGAGCGACCAGCAGGAAGCGCAGGCAGUUGCUGCUGCAGCUGGUGGUCAGCGUGCGCAACUGGAGCAGGAAGCUGAAAUGUUGCGCCGCCGACUUGCGGAGGUAGAGGCAGCUGCCGCUGCUUCCUCCAAACAGCACCAAACUUACACGCUCAAACUGCAUCAACUGAUAUCUGAGGCAAGAAGUCCAUUUCCGCUGCUUCUUUUCAAGGAUUUAUAUUUCAUCCAGCGAAAAAAAAAUCAAAAUUCACCUUCCGAAUUUAAAUUAGAGACAUUUCCAUAAAGCUUAUCGCUGUCUGUUGCACAAUAUUCCUUUUUCCCCACUGGUAAAAAUGCGCAAAAUAUGAUAACGAGCUCAGAAAGAAAUUCCCAUCAAUAAUGUUGCGUAUCGGACAAACCUAACUGUUUCAUUUCAGGAAAAAGUGUUGCAAAAGUCUGUGAGCGAAGCUAGUUUGGAGGCAGCUCGUCUACGCGCUGGCUGCUCCUUGAUUCGUGAAGCGUGCUCUCACGCGCGCGGAGACAACGAAGUUAAGGCGCUUGAGGACCAACUCAACGUCUUAGACGCUUUGGCCAAUGGCCCACUCUCUUACCAGAGUCCUCUCGAUCACGUCAGG